AUGUUUCAUGAAAAUCUCUGUCUGCUUUCUCCCAGGGUUGUGAUUGAUAAUGAAUCCUGCAAGACUGCGACUGUCAUAAGGGUUGACAGCGCGAAUGAGUAUGGGAUUCUUCUUGAAGUUGUGCAGAUCCUCUCUGAUCUUAACCUCACUGUCUCCAAAGCCUACAUUUCCUCCGAUGGCGGUUGGUUCAUGGAUGUUUUCAACGUUACUGACCAAGAAGGUAACAAAGUGACAGACGAAAUUGUCCUGGACUACAUCCAUAAAUCUCUAGGACCAGAAUCUCGUCUCUUGCCGUCCCCGAGGUCCGUUGGUGUCACACCUUCAUCCGACAACACAGUCAUCGAGUUAACGGGAAGUGAUAGACCUGGCUUGCUGUCUGAAGUUACCGCUGUCCUGGCCCACCUCAAUUGCAAUGUGGUGAAUGCUGAGGUCUGGACACACAAUACCAGAGCGGCCGCUGUGAUGGAGGUGACCGAUGAGGGAACUGGAAGCGCCAUAACCGAUCCAGAGAGAUUGACUCGGAUCAAGAACCUUCUC